CCAUACACACACAGAUAUACAAUGGUCAAAAUCCUCAAUAUCAAUAAUGUUGAAUAGCAAUUGGAGUAUUUGUCGAUUAAACCCAAGUCCCACACUCUCACUCUCACUCUCACCACUUCUAUUACCCAUCGCCAAAAAUCAAUCUCAAUUUAAAUCCAUGGCUUAUCAACAAGAAUCAGUUUCUGAGUUUUUGACACAUAAAUCAUAUAGCCCACCACCAUGGGCAUCUAAACUUAACCCAAUUCCUUCUCAUACAUUCUCUCUUGGACAUUUUCCAACUCCUAUUCAUAAAUGGAAUCUUCCUAAUCUGCCUAAAGAUACUCAAGUUUGGCUAAAGCGUGAUGAUCUUUCAGGUAUGCAAUUGAGUGGAAACAAGGUUCGCAAGCUUGAAUUCUUGUUAGCGGAUGCAGUUGCACAAGGAGCAGACUGUAUAGUAACUAUUGGUGGCAUCCAAAGCAAUCAUUGUCGUGCAACAGCUGUUGCUGCGAAGUAUUUGAACCUGGAUUGUUUUCUAAUAUUACGAACCUCAAAGGUACUUGUGGAUAAAGACCCUGGAUUGACAGGGAACCUCUUGGUGGAGAGAUUGGUUGGGGCACAUAUUGAUCUUGUUUCAAAAGAAGAAUAUUCAAGAAUUGGAAGUUUGACACUUACUAAUUUGUUGAAAGAGAAGUUGAUAAAAGAAGGAAGAAAACCUUAUGUGAUUCCUGUGGGUGGAUCAAAUUCCUUGGGGACCUGGGGAUAUAUUGAAGCAAUUAGGGAGAUUGAACACCAAACCCAGAAGACCAAAACAAGUUUUGAUGAUAUUAUUUCAGCAUGUGGCAGUGGUGGUACAGUUGCUGGUUUGUCGAUUGCCACAUGGCUAAGCAAGCUUAAAGCAAAAGUUACUGCAUUCUGUGUAUGUGACGACCCUGAUUACUUCUACGAUUAUGUCCAAGAUCUACUUGAUGGACUUCAAGGUGGAGUCAAGUCACGUGACAUAGUAAAAAUUGAAAAUGCCAAGGGGCUUGGCUAUGCCAUGAGUAGUGCUGAGGAGCUUCAAUUUGUAAAAGAGGUUGCUGAAACCACCGGUGUGAUUUUGGACCCUGUUUACAGUGGUAAGGCGGCUUACGGAAUGAUGAAAGACAUGGCACAACAUCCCACUAAGUGGGAAGGAAGAAAGAUCCUCUUUAUACACACUGGAGGCCUCCUUGGUUUAUUUGAUAAAAAUGAAGAAAUGGCCUCAUUGGUUGGGAAAUGGCGUAGAAUGGAUCUUGACGAGUCAAUCCCACGAAAAGAUGGAACUGGGAAAAUGUUCUAAACUUUCUACCAGCAAUCCCUACUCCCUAGACACUAUUGUGACUGUAGCAAUUUGAAGUAACCAUGGAAGACAAAAUCAUGUAUAAUUCUUGAUAUGAAAAGGUAUUGUGAACAUCCCAUAGUUUACUUUUCCUUUUUCAGUGAAUGGAAAUAAGAGGGUUGUUUAGAGUUGUGUUUUGAAUGUGAUUAUGUCAUAUUGGAUAUUGAUAAUCAAAUAAUUACUUGUACA